GGCGCGGGGCGGCGCGGGCGGACAAGAUGGCGGACGGGGACAGCGGCAGCGAGCGCGGCGGCAGCGGCAGCGGCAGCGGCGGGUUCGCGACCGGCCGUGGCGGAGGCGGCGGCGGCGGGGCCGGGUCCGGCGGGGGGUCCGGCGGCGGCGGGGCCGGGCCCGAGCAGGAGACGCAGGAGCUGGCCUCGAAGCGGCUGGACAUCCAGAACAAGCGCUUCUACCUGGACGUGAAGCAGAACGCCAAGGGCCGGUUCCUCAAGAUCGCCGAGGUGGGGGCGGGUGGGUCCAAGAGCCGCCUCACGCUCUCCAUGGCGGUGGCCGCCGAGUUCCGCGACUACCUGGGCGACUUCAUCGAGCACUACGCCCAGCUGGGCCCCUCCAGCCCCGAGCAGCUGGCCCAGGCCGCCGGGCCGCCGGGUGAGGACGGCGCCGGCCCCGGCCCCCGCCGCGCCCUCAAGAGCGAGUUCCUGGUGCGGGAGAACCGCAAGUACUACCUGGACCUGAAGGAGAACCAGCGCGGGCGCUUCCUCCGCAUCCGCCAGACCGUCAACCGCGGCCCCGGGGGGCCGGGGGGCUUUGCCGGGGGCCCCCCCGGGCUGCAGAGCGGCCAGACCAUCGCCCUGCCUGCCCAGGGGCUGAUCGAGUUCCGCGACGCCCUGGCCAAGCUCAUCGACGACUACGGGGGCGAGGAGGAUGAGCUGGGCGGCCCCGGGGGCGGCGGUCCGGGCGGUGGGGGGCUCUACGGGGAGCUGCCCGAGGGCACCUCCAUCACCGUGGACUCCAAGCGCUUCUUCUUCGACGUGGGGUGCAACAAGUACGGCGUCUUCCUGCGGGUGAGCGAGGUGAAGCCGUCCUACCGCAACGCCAUCACCGUCCCCUACAAGGCCUGGGCCAAGUUCGGCGGCGCCUUCUGCCGUUACGCUGAGGAGAUGCGUGACAUCCAGGAGCGCCAGCGGGACAAGCUCUACGACCGCCGCGCCGGACCCCCGGGACCCGGCAGCGGCAGCGGUGCCGGCGACGACUCCGAUGGCGACGACGUGGACGACGACUGAACCCUAAACCCCACCGCCGGCCCCCCCCUUCCCCCCUCGCCCCACAUCCAACCCCCCGGGCCCCCCCCCUCCUCGUUUCUCCCGAUUCCCUCCCCCUCCCCCCCGCCCCCCAAAAACCCACCGCCGGAGAGAGUAACCGGCGCGACACCGACCGCGACGCCGACUGCGUCCUCGCACGCACCCGCCACCGCCGUCCCCCCCAGGACUCUCUGCCUGUUGGGGGGGGUGGGGGGGAGACACCCGCAUCCCCUCUCCCCUCCCAGCGCUGCCACGGUGCCCCCCCUCACCGAAACCAGCAUUGCGGAGCGGAGCCGCCGCCGCACGUCCAGACCCUCGCCGGAGCCCCGCCGGCCGGCGGAAGAGGAGCCAGGCAGGGGGAGACAGCGGCAGCAGCAGGAGCUCUCGGGAGCGAGGGGGGCUCUAUCUGGACCAACGUCCGUGCUCUCUUCUUCCACUUUUUCCUUUAUUUUAAUUUUUUUUUUUUCCUCCCCUUUCUUUCCAUAUUUUUGGGGUUUUUUGGGUUUUUUUUGGGAUGCAAACUGCUAAACUCCAGGCGCCCGAACUGGAACCCGCACCCAGCUAGUGCGACGCUGGCAGGUUCCUGAAAAUUAAGGAAGACUUUCUCGGUUUUAACGAUUUUUUUUUUUUUUUUUUCCCCCUCCGCCUUCCCCCUCUGGUGCCGGGGGGCGCAGGGAGAGGCAGGUUCACGCAGGCACAAAGCACAAGGAAAACUCGACAGGGCGCACGAUCUUCCCCUUGUCUCCGCACCGGACCCAUUUCCUUCCUGGGACCCCCAGGCGCCAAAAUCCACCCUUUUCUCCUCUUUUUUCCCUUCAGCCUUUCCUCAGCACCUCACACCGGCGGCUCAGUAGCACCAACCAGACUCCGCACCCCGGCGGCUGGGGGCUUCGGUGUUGGUUUGGGGGGUUUUUUAAAUUUUUGGGGGGGUUUUCGGGAGGUUUUUUCCUCUCUUUUUUGUGUUUUUUUCCCACCUGGCCACACUGGCUCUGCCACACCGGAGCCCGCAGGGUCUCUCUGGCCAUCACCUCUCGUGUUAAAUGGUUUUUUCCACUCUCAAAUGGGGUUUUGGUUAGGUUUUUGUUUGUUUGUUUUUUUUUUAA